UGUCACAUCUAGAUAGGAUGUGUUGACAAGCCUACUUGACUACUUGACCCAACGCGCUCGAAUCGAACGAUCGAGUGAAACCUUCGCGACCCUAACAUCCAGCCUCCGGACGGUAGUCGACAACAUUCAACCCUCGCGCUCGCACGAAGCGAGCCAAGACAACUACAACGACAACAAAAUUAGAGACCAACAUUGCACACUUUGUACAAAUAUCUUGCUCAAUUCCGCUUCCCACCUUCCCAAUAGAACUGCCGGUCCUGUGAGUCGCACGAUCGCACCGCAAACAAACCUCCGGCCCAGAAAGUUGCCCGUCCAGCGGAUCAACGGCAAUAUGUCACAGAUAGUGCCGGGCAACGCGGCGGGGCAUCGUCGAAAAAUACAUCCAGUGCGUGUACACCAUCACGGAAUCAGGCCCGUUCGUGCCGGGCGCAACACCGUCGGCGAUCUCGACGACCGGUCAGCGUACGCUAGAAAUUCGCAAAGACACCAUACCAAAGCGAUCCUUCGAAGUCCAUCGGUUAACCCGCAGCAGCAGCAGAAUCAGCGUGUGUACGAGAAUGUGCAGCGAGGCUCGAUCACUCUACCGGCCGGCAGUGAUGUGUUUCUGGAGCCUAACGAUAAUAGAACACUUGCCUUCAGCUCCCAGUCGGAUCCGACGAUUUAUCGUCCUCGGACGGUCGGCCAACCUAGAAGAAAGAAUGGACAACACCAACAGGGUCACGGCCACCGGGCAAAGGGUGUGAUGACUAGCGCGGGUAGGCGCCGUGGUCUCGCCAUGCAGCAAAAGUUUACCGUCAUCGAUGGCCUCUGCAUCAGCUGCCCACCGGAGAAGACGGCCGUCGCCCGUGAGGGACUCGAUGGAGUACUGAUCGAGCCGCCCGUGCUGGCCACCUGCACCGGCCGGCCCAUCUCGAAAGAUCUGUACGAGCUGGAGACACUGUUCGGACCGAAGUUUAACUUUGUGCUGCCGCACUCGAACGGCGCACCGUACAGCUUUCUGGCGAAGGUCGUUAGCAAGCUGACCGGCAACACGGUGCUGACGUGCGAUCUGCGCUACCGGGUGGUCGUGAAGCAGUGCCGCCGGUACAAGCCAAAGAACCGCGACCUGAAGGUUAGCUGCAGCCUGAACAGCAUCUGGGGAUCGCGCUGUACGUUCCACUGCCGCAGCGGCGGUUACCUGAGCCGACCGAACGCCUUCGUCAAGUGCGGUGCGAACGAAAUCUGGGAGGGCGAGGAACCGUACUGCACGUUUAACGAUGUGUCGGACGACUACGCGGCCGAUAGUGCCGACCCGAGCAAUGCGUCCACCACCGAUUGCCAGCUGGACAUUCCGCCCGCAUACGGGAGGUUCGCAUGUGAUCUCAAGGAUACCGAGAGUGCCUCAAACGAACUGGCCAUCCCGAACGGGACGGCGUGCCAGGUGAUGUGCAACGAGGGCCACUACAUCCCCACCCAUCUGCAGCCCGCUGCCUACUUCGGGUGCAUUGACGGUCAGUGGAACAACACGAUGCGCCACUUCUGUUACAAAACCACACAGAUCGCCAACGGCAACAGCCAACGGCACCGUGGCUACGGCUAACUCUUUCCGUACAUCCCUCGCAGUAGGCGAUGUAGAAACAAAUAGCUCCAAGUAGCCUAUUAGAUAGACGAUUUCGGUUCGUGGCGGGAGCAGAAGCUAGAAGCAAGAAGAAAAUUAUCCAUUAGUACACCCUAACGAAGACGAAGUCCUUCCUCGCGAAAGGAUCGUCACACAACCGAACAAUAAAGGACGCCUUGGUCGAAGAAGUUGCCAUUUUAACCGCGGAGACCCUACUACAUCGCUUGCUCUGAUCGCAUUCGCAUCGAAUAUGUGCUUUGUUGUCGCUGCGCACCCUUCUCCCUGUGCCCCGAAGGAGGCGAGCAAAAUGUUUGUCAGUAUUUGUAGCCGGAUCGUUGCCGAUCCUGCUCGUUUUCUCGUGGCACGGAGGGGGCACGUUAUUUAACUAUUAAAGAAAAGGAACGCCGGAAGCUGGAGGGGUAAAGGGAAAAUGAAUGAAUUAACUGUAAACGUGUAAAAACACGCACACUUAGUUAUACCAAAACUAAUUGAAAACUUUACCUUGUUCCUUAUUAAAUUUGCGUUUAAUGUCUUAUGAUUAUGUUUGCCUGGCGAAUCUAACAAUAAUUAAAAGAUACAAUUUAAGACUUUUAAACGGAAGGAAACCGUUUAGCUUAGAAAUCUGUACGAUGUCGACGCCGACAUCGAUAGUGUACGCAUGAUACAUAUUUUUUAAGGAAAAAAAUUAGAGCCCCCCGAACUAUUAAUCGGUUUUCUUCCUUUUGCAUUUCAACCAAAAUGUAAAUGUUUUCAAGAUAAUGGAAUGAAAAUAAUGUUUGGCGCUGAAAAUUACUUAAGCCGCGUGCGAUGCUAAAAAGAUUAGGUUUCUACCAUUUCUAACCACAAAUAUCAAUGUCGGGCAAAACUCCUUAUGAUAAAUGAUUGUUUAUCUCGGGCUCAAAAAUAACAAAAAAAGUAAUAAACUUUGAA